CUGGGGGCUUUGCAAACACACUACAUCAAGACAAGUGAAGAUGGCGGAUGUGUUGAGUGUUCUCCGUCAGUAUAACAUCCAGAAAAAAGAAAUCGUCGCUAAAGGAGAUGAAGUUAUUUUUGGAGAGUUCUCCUGGCCGAAAAAUGUCAAGACCAACUACAUAAUCUGGGGCACUGGUAAAGAGGGUCAGCCCAAAGAGUACUAUACUUUGGACUCUAUCUUGUUCUUGCUCAACAAUGUGCAUCUCCCGCAUCCCUCCUAUGUCCGAAGAGCUGCAACAGAGAACAUCCCUGUUGUCAGACGACCUGAUCGAAAAGGCUUGCUGUCGUAUCUCAAUGGCGAGAGUUCUACAUCAACAAGUAUCGACAGAAGUGCACCUAUAGAAAUAGGUUUGCAAAGGCCAACACAAGUCAAAAGAGCAGCUGAUGAGGUAUCUUCUGAAGCCAAAAAACCAAGGAUUGAGGAUGAGGAGCGAGUGCGUCUGGAUAAGGAGCGCCUGGCUGCCCGUCUGGAGGGCCACAAAGAGGGCAUCGUGCAGACAGACCAGAUCAGGUCACUGUCUGAGGCCAUGUCAGUGGAGAAAAUCGCCGCCAUCAAGGCCAAGAUCAUGGCCAAGAAACGUUCCACCAUCAAAACAGAUCUGGAUGAUGACAUCACCCUGAAGCAGAGGAGCUUUGUGGACGCCGAGGUGGACGUCACCAGAGAUAUUGUCAGCAGAGAGAGGGUCUGGAGGACCAGGACGACCAUUCUCCAGAGCACUGGAAAGAACUUCUCGAAGAACAUCUUCGCCAUCCUUCAGUCAGUGAAAGCCAGAGAAGAAGGGCGAGCACCAGAGCAGAGACCCACACAGAACACUACUCAAGUGGACCCGUCCCUAAGGAACAAGCAGCCUGUCCCAGCCGCCUACAACAGAUACGAUCAGGAGCGAUUCAAAGGAAAAGAGGAAACGGAGGGUUUCAAAAUUGAUACCAUGGGCACCUACCACGGCAUGACCCUGAAGUCAGUGACGGAAGGAGCAUCUGCUCGUAAGGCCCAGACCCCCGCCCUGCAGCCUGUCCCUCGUCCAGUUUCACAAGCCAGACCUCCACCGAACCAGAAGAAAGGGUCCCGGACACCCAUCGUCAUCAUCCCCGCUGCCACCACCUCACUCAUCACAAUGCUCAACGCUAAGGAACUCCUGCAGGAUCUAAAGUUUGUCACGCCAGAAGAGAAGAAGAAGCAGGGCAUCCAGCGUGAUAAUGAGGUUCUGCUUCAGAGACGCAAAGACCAGAUCCAGCCUGGUGGCACAACUCUGAGUGUCACUGUGCCGUACCGGAUCAUCGAUCAGCCGCUCAAACUGGCUCCACAGGAUUGGGAUCGAGUGGUGGCUGUGUUCGUGCAGGGUCCUGCCUGGCAGUUCAAAGGCUGGCCGUGGCUGCUGCCUGAUGGAUCUCCUGUCGACAUUUUCGCCAAAAUUCGAGCCUUUCAUUUGAAGUAUGACGAGGCAAAGAUAGACCCCAACGUGCAGAAGUGGAAACAGGUACCGAACCAGAUGCUGGAAAAGGUGGUUCUGCAGAGGUGGGAACAGGUGGGACACACACUACAUCAGUUGGCAGUGAGACACAACCUGCAGGUGGAGGAUCCACCACCACUUCUGGCUUGA